GUGAUGCGAAUGAUGGUGUUUAUCUUCGGCGAGACAGCCUUCAGAUCUGCUCUUCGUAUUUACCUCAAGUCAAAGGCGUUUGGGUGUUCUACACGUUUUGAUUUCUGGUCAGCCGUUCAGCAGAGUCUAUCGGCCAACCACAACCUGAAUGUGACUGACAUAAUGGAGACAUGGGUACUACAGAAGUACUAUCCCGUGGUCACCAUGAAAAGAAAUGGAACGGCCAUUAUCGUUACUCAGGAUAAGUUUCGAUUGGAUGCUCAGCUGAAACCAGAGACGUCCAUUUUCGGGUACAGAUGGGAGAUUCCACUGACGUACACGACCAGCGACGAGCGAGACUUUCAGAACAGGCGUAUAAUAUACAUCAACAGAAACGAAACUGAAACUUUGAUUGCAGACGUACUUCAACCUCCAAGGAAGGAUUUAAACAGUUGGGUCAUCGGCAAUAUUCAACAAUAUGGCUAUUACCGCGUUAACUAUGACAUCACAAAUUGGAAUCUUCUCAUUGGACAGCUCAAGCAUGAUCACACGGUUAUCCCAAUUGUCAACCGAGCACAACUCAUCAACGACGCUUGGAAUCUGGCCAAAGCUGGGGUUCUUGACCAGCGCGUGGCCCUAGGUACGGUAGAAUAUCUUGUGAAGGAGUGGGCAUAUCUGCCGUGGACUACAGCGUCAAAUGAGCUUAUAGCACUGGCUAAGAUAUUGGAUCGCACGGCAGUAUACAGUAAAUUUAAGGAAUUUAUGCGGCGCACUUUGAAGUCCCACUUCCUGCACGUGACUUGGGAAACUGGCAACUUGUCUCACGCUGAUGAAUUGUUCAGAGUGGAGAUCAUUUCUCUUGCCUGUGAAUUUGGAUUGCCGGAAUGCAUUGAAAGAUCUAGACGGUAUUUUCAUGAGUGGGUCAACAAAAACGGAACGAUUCUUCACAGCGUUGCGCCGGAUCUUAGAAAGGUCAUUUACAAAACCGCCAUAAAAUACGGUGACGACACCGAAUGGGAGUUUGUGUAUCGGAAGUACAAGACUGUGGAAUCGGGUUCCGAGCGAAACAAGCUCCGAAUGGCAUUAGCUUGUUCCAGAGAUAUGUGGAUCCUCAAGAGGUUUUUAGAGAUGACCCUUGACCCGUCUGAAAUCCGGAAACAAGACUCUUCAAUGACGAUUAGAGAAAUAUCUUCCAGUCUGCUGGGCCGCCAGUUGGUUUGGGAUUUUAUCCUCAAGCGCUGGGAAGACUUUACUAAGGUAUACGGUUUCCGGAUUCUCUCCCUUUCAAAACUCCUCAUCGAAAUAACGGAUUCGUUCAGCACCAUGGAGGAUUACAACAAGUUGAUCGACUUCAUGACACAGUAUCCGGAACAGGCAACCAAAUCUCGCGCUAUAGUACAAUCCGUAGAGAAGACGUUAGCCAACAUUCAUUGGUUAAAAAUGAAUCUUCAAAUCAUUUCUGAUUGGCUAGAGGAACAACUUGGCAACUCUUGAAAUUAACAAGUAUUGCUUGACCCACCAAAUGUGCAGUAAUGACAUUGUCAAAAUAUUCUCAACCUCACAGGCAGCUCCGAAUGCAUUUAAUUUUGUUGAACUCAUCAAAUUGUAUUUCCCCCGAUUGUGCAAUUUGACAAAACCAGACGUAUUUUCUCAGUUGCCAUAUUUGCGAGAUUAGGUCGUAUUUUUGUGCUGCCCGGUUUGGAAUAUAAAGCUGUACUGUUGGGGUUACUCGAUCUGGAAUAUAAACACUCUGUACACUCUGGGAUAGUCGAUUUAUGAUAAAAAGACAUAUUUGGGGUUUGCUCUGUUCAAGGUCUUAAGGUGUCAGAAGGCUGUAAAAAUAACAUCAGUGGACUGAUUUUCAAUGGCGUUGAUGACAAUACAACAAUUCCAGAUUGGCGAGGUCUAUGCAAUUUACAUCUCUGCACAUAUUUUUUACCUAUUUCUGCUUAAGCCAUGGUUCCAAAGAGCGUGUAAUUUGCUACUGUCUUAAGCAUAUACAUGAACAGUUAGAAUAAAACCCUGACUGAGGUAAAUUCACAAGGGACCGUAUCUCGCCGGGUACGUGUUACCGUUUGCCAGCUAUUACACGGUCUCGCUGCUCUGGUUUUACUCUCUGUGCUGUACAUUUUUUAUAUUUUACCAUUACACACAGUGAGUUAUCCACUUUUUCGAAGGCUUUAAGGUUUAUGGGAGGAGAGAUUCUGGUGUAAUCCACAGCCCUGUGCCAAGUACAUUUGUCAUACGGUCAGUCGUGAGAAUAUCGCAUCUACAGUUGGUGGGAAGGGAAAGACCAUAAUCUUUUUUUGUACAUCUUUGAUGCACAUGUAUUUUUACAUCUUACCAUAGCAAAUUUCAUCUGACGUAUCAUUUUCUACCGUGUUCAUGGAUCUGAUAUUUCGAAAAGCAUGGAAUUUAUGUUAAUUUUUUUUUUGUGCUUUAGAUCUGAAGUUUUUGUGUACAUAUUUAUAACAAUGAGCGAGUAAGUAGAUAUCAUACCCCAGUUAGUCACAUUAUAUUGACACCGGGCCAACCAGUCCCGUUUCCUUGCUCUAACCUCUCAAUGCUGAACACCAAACGAAGCAGCAACGAAUUUUUACAGUCUCUGGUGUGACCCGACCCGGUUUUGAUCCUUAGUCUCUUGACAUCGAGAUGGACACUCUGAUCGCAAGGCCAGUUACAUGAA